CUCGCCGAGGCUGAUAAGGCAGCGGACGAGAUAUACGAUAAGGUGCUAGAGCUGUAUCAACAGCUGGAGGUCGAAGUGCCAAACUUUGACCUUGAAACGAUUCCGGUAGGAUUUCCGAUCGAACAAUACUUACCCACGCCGGUCGAACCAGAGCAGCCCGCAUCGGACGACGAAGACCAAUCGACAGAGACACCACCGGUAGAGGAAGAUUCGCUGCAAGAAGGUGAUAACAGCAGCGGCAGUGAGUUUGAGGAGCUUGCCUCGGAAAUAUACAUCUCACGGCCACCGGGCGAAGAGGGACUGGCCCCCGAGACGCCUAUGAUCAAAACGAGAAAGCGGUUAUUCUAGACGAUUCUCGGUGCCCGCGCAAACGAUGGCUACCAUACCGGCCGUGACUCGUAUCUCCUCCCGCUUGAUCCGCAUUCUGGGCUGUAAUCCUGGGGCAAUGACGCUGCAGGGAACGAACACGUACUUGAUCGGAAGCGGUAAACGGCGCAUCCUGUUGGACACCGGUGACGCAAAUGUACCAGAAUACAUCGAUCAUCUCAAGAAGGUAUUGAUGGACGAGCGGAUCCUCAUUAAUGAUAUCAUCGUGUCCCAUUGGCAUCACGAUCACGUGGGAGGUGUUGACGAUGUACUUGAUUUCAUCGAAAAUAAAGCUACUUGUAACGUAUGGAAGUUCCCUCGCACGGAUGCGCCGGAACCGGAGGUGAAAAACGCCACCUUAAAAGUACUGAAGGAUGGACAAAUUUUCAAAACGGAAGGUGCCACGCUAAAGGUUGUGCACACCCCGGGCCACACGACGGAUCACGUUGUGCUGAUUCUGGAAGAGGACAACUCCCUCUUCAGUGCAGACUGUAUCCUGGGAGAGGGUACGACGGUCUUCGAAGACCUUUACUUGUACAUGAAGAGCCUGGACACGAUUUUACAGGCAAAACCUACCACCAUCUAUCCGGGCCAUGGUAACAUUAUAACGAAUCCAAUCGAAAAGAUAACGGAAUACAUCAACCACCGGAACCACCGGGAACGGCAAAUUUUUGUCGUUUUUGAAGAGAAUCCCCAAAAGCAGUACAACGAAAUGGAUAUCGUACGCAAAGUGUACAAAGACACGCCGGAGCAGCUGUGGGCCGCCGCUGCUUUCAACGUGAAUCAUCACCUCAGGAAGCUAACGACCGAGGGUAAGCUGCUCGAGUGCGUGGACAGCGAGGGUGGCAACUCGUGGAAGCUGGUGCCAUCUGCGUCUCUGUAGGUGCCAAGUAGGAGCAGGUCAGAAUCGGCCACACAGGUGUUGGAAAUAAAGUAGCCCAGUAGUAUAAGCCUGUUUCUGUCGACGAUAAAAUCAAUCGACAAAAUGUAAAAAGCUG